GUUUUAUCUUUGUCUUUCUCCGUCAAUCUGUCUUUGUUUCAGCAAUGUGACCGAGUAUGUGUGGAAUAGAAAAAUAAAAAUUAUGAUAUAACACAAUUUUUAUGAAAUAAACAAGUAUCCUUAAAUAAUUAAAACUGGAUACGUGAGGUCCUUCUUCAAUUUUCGUCAACUGUCACAUCAAGAAGUUUUAGAAUUGAGGUUACACCUAACCUCAACUCAAUUUUUAAGCCGAAAAUGGGAAAAGUCAUGUCUUUAAUGGGUCGUCCUUUUCGGACUUUUAACAUCGAGAGUAGAGCACACAAAAUUAUAUCCAAAGAUAAGCCAACUCCAGCUCCCAAACACAAAAGUGAUCAACUAGAUUAUGAAAGAUUAAUGAGAGAGUAUCCUGAAGAAUUUAGGGAAGGCCAGAAAAAACACCAACAGUUGGAUAACUACUUAAAAGAUGUUUAUGUGACCUCACAUGACCCUAAUCCGGUGCAAGAACAGAAAAUAAACCCCAACAGACCUCUUCCUCUUAACAGGCAACAAGUUGAGGAUUUUGAAUAUGGGGUUAAAGAACCUGAAAAAAUUCCAGAAGGGAGGGCCUCACUAAAACAAGUCCUUAAGUUUGUGACAGACCACCAACACGAUCGUAGACUACAUAGUGUUGAAGCUAUUUCUAAGGAGUAUAAAUUACCCGAAGAAAUAACAAAAAAUGUUUUAAAAUAUUAUAAAGUUUUUGAAGUCUAUAUUCCUGAACAAAGAAGAGUUAAAGCCAAGUUUGCUGGGCCUAGUGUACCCAGAAUUAGAGUCAUGCCAAAACUUAGAAAACAACUGUUACCUGGGAAAGAAGACAAGGGGGAUACCUGACAAUGUAACUGAAAUUUAGUUCAAUUUAAAUAGUUUAUUUAUAGCAAAAAAAAAUAAAAAACUUAAAAGUA